AUGGAAGACGAUCAAUUGUAUCGUGGGCGAUUUGACCAUGUCGGAAAUCGUCAGUUGAAUUCAAUACGUAUAUUUGUUAGUUCAACGUUUACGGACACUGCCGAGGAACGAAAUGGUCUCAUCGAUCUUGUUUAUCCUCGACUGCGAGAUUAUUGUUUAGCGACGUACAACGUUCAGUUUCAGUACUCGGAUAUGCGUUGGGGAAUUCAGUCGACUGCAGCGAACACUCAUGCAACAGUUGAUAUGUGUCUGAAUGAACUGGAUACCUGCUGUCAAUUAUCCAUGGCUACCAACUGUAUUGUUUUGUUAAGUCAUCGAUAUGGAAGUCGUUUUUCACCGGCAUGGAUUCCUGAACAUAUUUUUCAUUCGUUCGAAAAAUGCCUAGCUUCGAAUCUCGAAGAGAAAAUGCAUCUCUCUCAAAUGUAUCGACUGGAUGAAAACUUUCUUGAGAAACGGUAUUUUCUUCGAUCAAUUGAAGAUCAAGAACAGUGGGACGAAUCCGAAAAAAAAUUACAAAACAUCCUACGCAAAGCAGCGGACCUCUGUUAUGAACAGAAGUUGAUCACGAAAGAUGAACGCGACGACUUUCAUAUCUCAGUCACAGCACAGGAAAUCUAUCGUGCUCUGAAGAAUAACAAAGAUAAAACUCGACGAAUGAUCUGCUUUCUUCGAGAAAUUCAUGAUAUUGACCAACUUGAUUCGAAAUUUCAAGAAACGGGAAAUAUCACUGAAAUUCAACAGUUACUGAAAAAUGUCAAAACUGACCUUCAUCAGGCACUUGAUCCAUCCGAUGUUUACACCUACCAAGUACGAUGGAAAGACGAUAGCGAUCGAACGAAAUAUCUCAAUCGAUUUUUCGAAGAGUUUUAUCAAGCUGUGAAAGCACAAGUUGAUCUUCACUUGAAAAUCUACGAACGCAAAAGAGACGACAAACUAUACAAUCAAGUGCUCGAACAUGCCAUCCAAUCGAAUCUACUUGCCGAACGAUUCUUUCCUCGACCGGAAAUUUUCGAACAAAUUAAAGCCUAUUUGACGUCAACCACAAAUGAACCGUGCGUUUUAGUCGGUGAAUCAGGAACUGGAAAGUCAUCGAUUAUGGCCAAGAUCGUCAAUGAAAUUCCGAAAUGGUACCCGCAAUCGAAUUCUAUUUCUGUGAUCGUUCGUUUUCUCGGUGCUACUCCUUCUUCAAGUGACAUUCGUCGACCGCUGAUAUCAAUAAUUGAACAAAUUUGUCUGAUUUAUCAUUUGGAUCGACCAAUGAGCUCCGAUAAUGUGAAAGAAACUCUUGAGAAUAUUCUACAAUACAUUCCUAAAAACGAACAUCUUGUUCUACUCCUCGAUUCUUUUGAUCAACUUCAAAUAAGUGACUUGACAGAUUUAUCCAUUUGGUUACCUGAAAAGUUUCCGACGAAUGUCAAAUGCAUUCUCUCAACCAUUGCCGAAAUCGAAAUGGACAACAAAACUUAUCGAAUUUACGACCAAAUCAAAGCUAUCUACAAAAACGAACUCAUCGAAAUCCAGAUCAAACCGUUCAAUGAACAAAUCGCUCAACAAGCUUUUCAAUCCUGGCUUGAAAUAGACCGACGUUGUCUAACCCCAAUUCAAUACGAAUGGAUCAAACCGAAAUUCAAUCUUCGCCAUUACGCCACUCCCCUCUUCAUCUCAUUAAUCUACGAUCAAACAUUAACAUGGCAUUCCUAUGACGACACACCUGAUAAAGCAUUUCUAUCCAUCAAGAAUACACGUGAUGCGAUUGGCUAUUUGUAUAAUCAAUUAGGUAUCAAACAUGGUCAGAUGUUGUUUCGACGUGCGAUGCGAUACGUUCAGCUAGCUGGUGGGUUGAGUGAACUUGAAAUCGAAGAUAUUCUGUCAUUAGACGAUGAAGUCUUACAAUCGGUAUUCGUUCAUUAUUUACCUCCCUUGGGAAUAUUUCGUUUACCAUCGAAUCUUUGGAUCCGAAUUCGAAAUGAUAUGCAUAAAUAUUUGGUUGAAAAGGAUAUUGAUGGCAUUCCAUGUAUCUAUUUCUAUCAUCGAAGUUUUCAACAUUAUCAGCCAAUGAAUGUCAAACAGCUCAUUCUUGACGGUGAAGAAAAAGAGAUACUCGAAAAGAUUCGUCUGGCUUACUUUUCCAAUGAAUAUAAGUCAACGUUUGAUAUGAGUUAUUCGUCGAAAUUGGUGAAAAAAUACAAUUUACCAACAAUGAUUAUCUCCGUGAAUCGAUGUUUAACUCAACAGAAACCGUGGAAUUAUUCGCACUACAAUCUUCGACGUCUACAUCAACUGUGUAUCAAUAUAAAUCGAUAUGAUUUUGCUCAUCGUUUUACCAUGUUUGACUACGACUUUCUUUCAACUUACCUUCUCUGUCGUGAAUUUCAAAUGUCUGAUUUACUCUACGAUUUCUCAGUCGGUGCUCUUGAUCCCAACGGUGAAUUACGAUUUCUCUUGAAACAAUAUGAAGCAUCUACACAAAUACUAAAUCAAUAUCCUACAAAUCUAUCGUUUGAGCUGAUCUAUCGUUUGCAUUCAUUUAUUCAUCAACUACCUGAUUUAACCUUGAAUCUUCUCGCACAAUGCAUCAAUCAUUGUCCAUUACGAUUGUUAACAGACAAUGAACGACAACAAUCGCUUGUCGAACUUUUGCUAUCGGAUAUAAUCGAUUUAGCGAUCGAUGCACAUCGCGUGUUUGUUUUGACCUCGAAUGAUAAGUUAUAUGUAUUCUCUCAUCAUUACUAUGGUUUGCUACGAACAGGUUACUUUGAUAUAUCGUACAAGAAACGAGGUGGCAAAGAACGAUUAGUUUCGUUUUUAUGUCAAUAUCCGUAUAUAUGUUGCCUUUCAUCGAAUUCAUCGAUGGUUGUGCUAGAUUGUGAAGGAAAGCAAGUCACGAUGCAAACAUCGUGUGGAAAACUAAUCUCGUUUCUCGAUGAUGAACAUAUUCUUCUCGCAACAGCAAUGAAUGACAUGUUAGAAAUAUGGAAUUGUUCGAAAAACUGUCUCGUGUCAACCUACGAGUUCCCCGAUGAUAUUAUUGUCAAUUGUACGUAUAGAAAGCCCGUUGUCCGAGUGACAUUAGAACGAAAUGAAAUCGUCUCGUAUUUGACAAUUGAUGACGAUCACCAAUUUCAAUUAUAUCGAGUAACGAAUGAAAGACUGCCGAAUGGUGACCAGGAGAUCUUCUUGAAUGACCAUGCAGAAUUCUGCUAUUCGUUUAAACAUCCCAAAGCAACGUUAAUUCUGACUGAUGAAAAUAAAGCUAGACAAUUGAUUACCAAUAUUGAUUUUCAGUCUCCACCAAUAUCCGUUGUCUAUCUUUCGAAUAGCAAAUCGAUUGCAUGGUUGAAUCGAACAUCAUUGAUGAUCUUUCAUCCGUUGUAUGAUGAGAGGAUCUUCCAGCCCUUUUCUAUUUUUAACACAGAUGCGGACAUAGAAUAUGAUGUUAUCCAUGAUAACGCACCGGCAGGAGAUUUCGAAGGCCAAAGUUAUUUCUUAGUGGGAUUUUGUAAAACCAAAGGUUUGAUUGAUGUAUUUGAAUGGCGAUAUUUAUCAGAAGAGCAACGUCAUGAAUAUCGGCAAUUAGUUCAUCUUCAACUUCCCAUAUCGAUCGAUCAAUGUGUGUUCACAGCAGGCUGGUUCGAUGGUAUCACUCUCUACUGUUCGGACAAGAAUUCUAUUUACAAAUAUAACGCGACCAUGCUAACGUACCUCCAUGCAUCGAAAUCAGUUGUUCCAUCCUUGUCAAUUGAUCAUUUGCCAAAGAUUUCUUCCGAUCAAUAUUUGACGUUUACAAAUAAAGACCAUUAUUUUCAAAUUAUGACUUUAAAUCCAACUACUCAUACAUUCCAGUUAUGUCUUUUAAUUCAUGGUAUUAAACAAUACCAAUUUUCUCAAAAUUCUUCAUCCAUUCUACUGGUCAGUAGAAAGAACAUUGUAUCGGUUUACUCGUUAAAAUCAUCGAAAUUACUAUGGACAACGAAUGAAUUUGAGCAUCGACGAUUACAAAUUCAUUCGUUUCAAUCAUCUUUUCUUCUAGUUUGUCUCCAAACUAAACAAAUCUUCUUGAUCGACGGAAGCUCAUUCGCUAUCCAAUGUCUGCAACCACUUCUCAUCGAAUGCUGCUUAACUACUCUGGCAUCGGAUAACCGAUUGUAUGCAUUAUCCAACGAUCACGACCAUCUGGUCGAAUUGAAUCUGAAUAACAAAAACAUGAGAACGAUUUCGUUGACAUCUUUGAAUGUGGUGAAAAUUGCUCAAAUGUACUCAGUUGACAACUAUCUGAUCUUUCAUACAGAUGAUGAUCAAGUAUUUCUCUGGCACAGAGAAACAGAAAUGAUGACACAACUCGAGUCAACUGGACGUUUGUUGAUCAAAAAUAAUCAAUUGCUUCUCGUUAGUAAAGAUAACAAAAACAUCAUAAUCCAUGAUCUGAAGAAGAGUUCUCGUCAAAACAUCCAGAUCGAUGAUGAAAUUGUCGAUUUCUGCAUAAAAAAUGACGAUUCGGAAACCUAUCUAUUUGUUAUUUGUCAAGAUCGAUUAUUACGAAUGUAUCAAGUAUCGAAUGGCAAACAGAUUUUGAAGUUAUUCAUUCAUAAAGAUGUGAAACCAUUUAUUGGCAUUCUUCAUGAUCAUUUAUUAUUAAAAGUAGCAAACCAUUUAUGUUUAAUUCAAAUUCUGAAUAAAAACACUUUACCACCAAAAAGAUCACUUGAUACCUGUCUAUUGUUUCAAGAAUCCAUGUGGAUGACAUCACAUACAAUAGUUAAUGUGAAGGACAUAGCAAGUGAUCAACAAAAAAAAAGCUUUAAUCAUGUUAAACCGGCGCAUAUUGACAAAUAUUUUUAUACAUUAUCGGAUCUCGAUAUGAAAAAUUUGAAGUGUUAUCUGAAAGAACAAAGUCGUUCACUCUCCGACUUGACAAAUCUUGAAAACAAUGAUCAAGACGAUAUAUCUUUAGAUUAUUAUGUUAAUAGAAUAUUAGCAGAUAUGUCGGAGCCUGUUACCGAGAACUAUCGAUAUCAUCAUCAUCACCAACACCACCAUCAUCAUCGUCAUCAACCGACUACAAAACGCGCAUAUGAUGAAUCGAUACGAUCGCUUCCAACUGAUUACAGCGACACGUUUGCAAUAGAACUUGCGACAUGUGGACUGCAAAAAAAUGUCAAACUUCCGAUUCCUUACGAAAACUUCUCUCUUUCGAAUGGAACAUUUGGUGACGAUGCUGGUUUUACGAUGCAACGUGAUCAGUAUACUUUUAUCGGAAUAUCUGACGGUGCUGGUGGUAAUUUGAUGUAUGGCUAUGAUCCACGCGUAUUCUCAGAAGCGCUAAUGCGUCAUUGUUCUGAAUUAUCCCAAACCGGAAAAUAUUCGAUAUCGGAACCAAAACGUCUCCUAUGCGAUGCCUUCGAUCGUGUUCAAGCCGAAAAGUGUUUUGGUAGUGCAACAGCAUGUGUGCUCAGCAUCGAUGGUCAGACUGGUCGACUCCAUUCAGUGAACAUAGGUGAUUCAGGUUAUGUUAUUGUUCGACAAGGUUAUGUUGUUUAUCGAUCACAAUCACAAGAAAUGAAUGGGGAUUGUCCAAGACAAUUAGAUGUUUAUCCAUGGACUGCAUCAUUGAAAGGACAAGGUCUUAAUUACACGCAAAUAUCUGUCUUUGAUGCUAUUUGUCAAACAUUUGAGUUGGAAUUGAAUGAUAUUAUCAUUCUAUCGACAGAUGGUCUUUUCGACAAUGUUUCAGAUUUUCAAAUCGAACAAAUUCUGGCACGAAGUAAUUCGUUGAAACAAGCAGCAAAGGAAUUGGUAACUUAUGCUGUCCGAUACUAUGUCAAGCCAGAUGAUAUUCUUGUCCUUAUGGCACGUGUGACAACAAACACAAACUUGCUAUAUGCAUAA